AACUGUGCUAUGGAAUAGAAGAAGCAGGAGGGGUUCUUACCAAGUGACAGUCUCGCCUCACUCAACUACCCCUCCUCCUUUCCACACCUGCAGGAUCUUCUGCCUGGCUCUUUUCGGUUAAUUGCAUCUCAGCUCCAAGAGUGCCUGUUGCAAAUCCCUGGAUGAAAAGAUUCAUUCCUGCUCUGCUGAAUAGAUGAACUAAGUCAUGAAACUGGCUAUCUUUUUUCUUCUAUUCCUGCCACUUUGCUUGGCCAAACCAUUUUAUCAAAGAGGCUUGUUUGAUUUUAUGCUUGAAGAUGAAGCAGGAUCUGGAACGCCUGAACCUGCAGGAUAUCCUCCAAUGCCAGUAUGCCCAUUUCGUUGUCAAUGCCACCUCCGGGUUGUUCAGUGCUCCGAUUUAGGUUUGAAGGAAGUUCCGAAAGAUCUUCCCCCAGAUACUACUCUACUUGACUUACAGAACAAUAAAAUAACCGAAAUAAAGGAUGGAGAUUUCAAAAAUCUGAAGGAUCUUCAUGCAUUGAUCAUUGUUAACAACAAAAUCAGCAAAAUCAGUCCUGGAGCUUUUUCUCCACUCAAGAAACUGGAGAGACUUUAUCUUUCCAAAAACAACUUGAAGGAACUCCCAGAAAACAUGCCAAAAAGUUUGCAGGAACUGCGUGCACAUGAAAAUGAUAUUGUCAAAUUAAAGAAAUCUGCCUUCAGUGGACUGAAUAAUAUGAUUGUCAUAGAAUUGGGCACCAAUCCAUUAAAAAGCUCAGGGAUUGAAAAUGGAGCCUUUCUAGGAAUGAAGAAGCUCUCCUACAUCCGUAUUUCAGACACAAAUAUAACUUCUAUUCCUAAAGGUCUUCCUGUAUCUCUGACAGAACUUCAUCUUGAUGGCAACAAAAUCAGCAAAAUUGAUGCAGAUAGUUUAAGUGAACUUCCCAAUUUGGCUAAGCUUGGCCUCAGUUACAAUCGCAUUGCUAGUGUGGAAAAUGGAUCUUUAACCAAUGUGCCACAUUUGAGAGAACUCCAUUUAGACAACAAUGAUUUGGCCAAAGUACCUGCUGGACUAGGAGAACACAAAUACAUACAGGUUGUCUACCUUCACAACAACAAAAUUGCUGCUGUUGGCCCUAAUGAUUUCUGUCCUCUUGGAUACAACAGCAAAAAAGCUGCUUAUUCAGGAGUAAGCCUGUUUAGUAACCCUGUGCAAUUCUGGGAAAUUCAGCCAUCUGCUUUUCGAUGCAUCUAUGAACGAUCUGUAAUACAACUUGGAAACUACAAAUAAAUGCACAAAAGUGUUUCCACUUAAAUACCUGUUGCUUUUUAAAAUUGCUGGUAACUAUUAAAGCCUGAUAUUGGAGACUUAA